AUGGACCUGGACCUGGAUACUGGAAAUACGUCCGCCCACGGCUCAUCCGCGCGCGGGGCCAAACCUCCAGCUUUGACUUGCCUGUCUGUACCCUCAGCUUUUGGUACGAUGGUGGUCUUUAAGGGUGCUAUCCACUACCGCUCCAUCCAUGCAAUCACCGUCCACAACCCAUCUACGACUCCCGCAUAA